AUGGGCGGUAGCUUGAAGUAUAGACACAAUCAUGAGAAGCCUCACAGGAGCCUGGUGUCCUACCAUGACUUGCCCCACUGGCAGAAAGACAACGACUUCAUUAUCUACGGUUAUGUCAGUGAGACGAAUAAUUUGUGGCAUUGUUUCGACACGCUUUUCUUCUUUAACAACGAGUCACUGAACAUCUUCACUCACUUGCUUCCGGGAACGAAUUUCAUUUCUUACGUACCUCCGUGGUUGGUGCACCUACCUGCGUACACUAACACCGACGCAUCCGACUACGGGAUAUUUGCGCUUUUCUUUAUUGGCUUCAUGGUGUGUCUCUCCUGUUCAGCCACAUUCCACAUGCUGAAGGUCCACUCCCACGUGGUGGCCUCGAUGGGCUCUCGUUUAGACUAUGCUGGCAUAUUGCUCUUGAUUGCUUCUUCAUUGAUCGGCAUCGUCCACUACUCUUUUAUUGAUCAGCCUGCCCUGAGAAGCAUUUUUGUCUCGAUCACUUCUGUCAUCGGGGUCGUCUCUCUUUUAGUCACAUGGCAUCCAGACUUUCGCACACCAAAAUGGAGACCCAUCAGAACCUCCACUUUCGUCACUUUCGCCUUCUCUGGAUUGAUUCCAAUUUGUUACGGCUUCCUCAUCAUGGACUGGAAAGUUGCAGCAGACAGAGCAGGCCUGAAAUACGUUGGCUACGAAGCACUUUCUUAUCUUGCCGGGGCUACUAUGUACGCUUUUAGAAUACCAGAAAGAUUGUCACCUGGCACUUUCGACAUGGUCGGUAACAGUCACCAGAUUUUCCAUUGUUUGGUUGUUCUCGGAGCUUAUUGUCAUUUGCGUGCCUUGGUUCAUGCUUACAUCGUUGCUAAGUCUACCACUCUAGGUGGUCAGCUCUUAUGA